GUCCCCAUUUUUCCCUCUGUCCAUCACUCAUGCGCAAUUCCUACAAAGAUCCCAACACUUCCCUCUACCCUUGAAUUCCUAGGAACAUCCUUCCCACCCCAUCAUUAUCACCAAGCUGAAACAAAUUGGGCAAAUUGGUACCUUGACGUGGGCGUUGCCAUUCCAACCGAACCAGUCGCCGGCCAGGGGUAACACACAAACAAAGGUGACAUCAUCGUCCGACCCGCACGGCGUCCAAGCUCCUCCCGCAUCCACUCUGAGGACCCUGACGACCCCGAAAGGAAACAUCCGUCAGAGCAACAACAACAAACAUCAUCAACUCCAAAGGGAAUUGAUUCGAAACAGAAAGUUUCCUAGCCUCGAACCACACUUGGUACCCAUCACGGCGACCUUCCUCCUACUACGACUGUCCACACCCGCAUCAAAAUCCGUAUCGUCAUCCGACAACUGCUCUACCUAUUCUAGAUUGUUCCCCACAUCAUCGACGUCGUCGCCAUUACCACCACCUCCCCCAGUAUAUCUCCAAUACCGCGUUGCGAUCUCUUCACCGAUCGCCUACUACAGAAGAAUACCCAACCCAGCAGACUAUCGAGUCGCCAUGGGCCGCUGGAAAGAGCUCGACACAGACGCCGACCGUCUACCCGAGAACAUGACCCGCAUAGGCUACGACGCGGAUACCCAGGUCUACACCUACCGCGACAACACCGAUGGGACCCUAUGGGAGGGCGCACCCGGCGCCACCUACGGCAAACUCUUCCCAGUCAAGCCUCCGACGCCAUUACCUAGUGUCGAGGUCCCAGAGGUCAACAACGGUACAGAACCAGGCUAUGUCCUUGAAGAAGGGCCGGAUCACGAUCCAUUUGGUGACCAUAACGCGGUACGACGGGACGACGAGAAGCCUAAACGAGGAUAUAGCACGAGGAAGAGGGUGGAUUCUGUCAUGGAUCGAAUUGCUAGUAUCAGGGAGAAGCCGGAUAGGAGGCCCAGUCGCAGGGAGAGUCGAAGGGAAAAGGCAGAUGCCGGAUACGGCGACGAGAAGGAUUUGGGGAGGAGAAACACCACUAAGAAGGAGCGUGACGGCCACCACUACUCGGAAAAAGAAACCCUCCCCCGCUCCAACACGACUCGCACAAGCCGUGCUGCCUCCACCCCCAGUUGGGACCCUCGGCCAUCGCCACCACAAGAACAAGACGGAAGCUCGAAGCUGAAGCGAGCAGGUACCCUCUCCCGCAUCUCUCGCUUCCUAACAGGCAAGCGCAAAGACGCUGAUCCAGACUACGACGUGACUCCGGGAACUGGAGGCGCAAGUAACGGCGGGAAUGCGAAUGGGUCUAGAGUACAUCGUUGGGCGACAGGGAGGAGGCAAAGAGCCACAACUUUUGACGACAUUCUGGCGGGAAUUCCGGGGCAGCAUUGAGUAUCCGGCAUGGAACAUGACAGCAGCACUGGUGGGGUGAGGGCACGUCUGGUGUCUUUGGGGCUGACGUGUAUAGGUUGGACCAACCGUCUCUUGAAAUAUCAUUUUCCGGCGGCCAGCCCGGGGAGGUGUCCUUGCCUUGUUCUACACCUUACUUAGUCUUCUACUCUCAUCUCCAUUAGAGCAAUACAUUACAGUUAGAGAAA